UGUUGCAGUGGGUGUGGACAUAGGGAGCAUAGGAGUCUGAUGGGCUGGCAUUAACUGCUCACUGUGUGGGUCGGCUCCAAGGGGGAAACACACACACAAGCACGCUGGAAUUUUCCCUUCACUGGACGAACAGACGAGCUUCAUGGUGGCUGCGAUACAUCCUGUCGUAUAACAAGUGAGAGUAAACUGGAAUAGGAGAGGACUCUAUCCCUGUGAACGGUGGCUUGUUUUGACUGACAGCACAAUGGAGGCAAAUGGCACAGCUGGUAAAUAUGGUCUGGAGGGAGAUUCGGAUCUCCACUUCCUGCUGAUCGGCGGGACCCUGGUCAAGGUUCGCUCGACCCACUGGAAGAAGAUCCGCUUCUUCCGACUGCAAGAGGACUGCAAGACCCUGUGGCACGAGUCCCAUAAAAUGUUCAAGAAGAAUCAAACAUUCACCAUUGACGACAUUGAUUCGGUGCGCAUGGGCCGACAGUCUGAGGGGCUUAAUAAACACACCGACCCCAGUGAGGAGGAGCGGUGCUUCUCCAUCAUCUUCAAGGGUCGCAAGAAAAACCUUGACCUGAUGGCGCUCAGUGGGCCGGAGGCGAAACAGUGGGUCAGCGGACUGAACAAGAUCAUCAGCAACAUGCACAACCUCAGCCGCCAGCAGAAGAGCGAGCACUGGAUCCUCAACUGCAUGCGGAAAGCAGACAAGAACGAGGACAGCAAGAUGACCCUGAAGGAGCUGAAGCACUUUCUGCGACAGGUCAACGUUGAAGUUGACGAUGUUUACGCGGAGGACAUUUUCAAGACGUGUGACAAGUCCAAUUCAGGAUCGCUUGAAGGCGCCGAGAUCAAGCACUUCUACGACCUACUCACGAAACGGGAGGAGAUCGAUGUGAUUUAUGGGAAUUGCGCUCAAACCGAGGGUCAGAUGAGCGCCAAAGACCUUAUGAACUUCCUGCGGAACGAGCAGAGGGAGCAGGCGACCAUGGAGGACGCGUACAGGCUGAUCGAGAAAUACGAGGUGGAUGCAACAGCGAAACAGAUGAAGCAAAUGACAAAAGACGGUUUCCUGAUGUACCUGCACCUGGAGGAGGGAUCCAUCUUCAAUCCGGCCCACAAACAUGUGUACCAGGACAUGAGCCAGCCCCUCAACCAUUAUUACAUCUCGUCCUCACACAACACAUACCUGAUGGAAGACCAACUGAAAGGACCCAGCAGCACGGAGGCCUACAUAAAAGCUCUCAUGAAGAGCUGCCGCUGUGUGGAGCUGGACUGCUGGGACGGGGCAAACGGCGAGCCUGUUAUUUAUCACGGCUACACGCUCACCUCCAAAGUUAUCUUCAGAGACGUCAUCAAAGCGAUCAAAGACUACGCCUUCAAGACGUCUGACUACCCAGUGAUCCUGUCCCUGGAGAACCACUGCACCGUGGACCAACAGAGGCUCAUGGCCCAUCACCUGAUCUCCAUCCUGGGCGACGCUUUGGUCACCAAGCCUCUGAGCAGCACCAUGCCCACCAACUUCCCCUCACCUGAGGAGCUGAAGGGCAAGUUCCUCGUCAAGGGAAAACGAAUGAACAAGCUGGACGCUGCCUUCACCAACACCAGCACCAUAGAAGAAGACACCGUGUCUGAGGAGGAUGAGGCGGCAGAUUGUAAGGUGAACGGACAAAAGGCCAAAUCAAAGAAAUCAAAGAUCAAACUUGCCAAAGAGCUCUCAGACAUCGUCAUCUACUGUAAGAGCGUCCAUUUUAACGGCUUCGAGCACGCCAAAGAGAACCAGGCCUUCUACGAGAUGUCGUCCUUAAAGGAGAGUAAAGCGUUCAACCUGGCUGAUACCUCAGCUACUGCCUUCAUGCAUCACAACAUGGACAAACUCAGCAGGAUCUACCCGGCCGGCUCCAGAACCGACUCCUCCAACUACAACCCUGUGCCCAUGUGGAACGUUGGCUGCCAGAUCGUGGCGUUGAACUUCCAGAACACCUCAAAGGAGAUGCACAUAAACCAGGGACGGUUUCUGCAGAACGGCCUUUGCGGCUACGUCCUGAAACCCGAAUUCCAGAGAAGUCUGUCCUCUCAGUUUGACCCCAACACGCUGACCACAGGGCCCGGGCUGAAGAAGAAGAACUUUCACGUCAUGGUCAUCACAGCUCAGCAGUUACCCAAAAUCAAUAAGGACAAACACAAAUCCAUUGUGGACCCUCUGGUCAGAGUGGAGAUCUUCGGUGUACCAGCAGACUGCGCCAGCAAGGAGACACACUACAUUGACAACAAUGGUUUCAACCCCAUGUGGAACGAAAGCUUUCUGUUUAACAUCCAAGUGCCAGAUCUGGCCAUGGUGCAGUUUGUGGUGGAGGACUAUGACUCAACAUCCCAGAAUGAUCUCAUCGGGCAGUACUGUCUACCGCUCACCAGUGUGCAGAACGGCUACCGCCACGUCCCGUUGUUCACCAAGAGAGGUGACGUCAUUUGCUCCGCCGGACUGUUUGUGCAUCUCAUGCUCGUGGACGCCCCCUAGACUCGCAUGUGGAAAGACAAGCUUCACGCCAGGAACAGUUUCUUUUUUUCCUGUUUUUUUUUUGUCCUCCAAGUAAAAGCGGCGGACUCCCAACUGUCUGUAACAUUUUUCCUGUUUAUUGUGUAAUUUAAGCUGUAUAAAUAGUGUUUGAUAGAAAAGUAAGAAUGAAUGAAAGUGUGUAUGAAAGAGCAGUGAAGGAACUAAUUUAAAGAAAAACAUGAAUUUGUUUAUUAUAUACAGUCCCUGACAAAAGUCUUGUCGCUUGGAUACAAGUUGACCUUAAGUGCCGCUCAAUUAAUUUGUAAUACAUUUUUUUUUACAAGAAAUGGCUAAUUUCAAUCCCAACAGCUUUUGAAAUAAUGUUUUGGUGCCAAACGAAACAGCGCCUUGUGAUAUGAUGCACCCAAUCCUAGAUUACAGCCUCAACUGUGAUCAAUAAUUGAUCAAUCAAUUAGUGGGUGUGUAUAAAAAGAACCCCAGCACACCAGACCUUCACAUCAACUGCAACUUGACCUCUGACAACAUGCCUAAGAUUCACCCUGAGACCAAAGCGUUGAUUAUCAAGAGGCUGAAGACCACAUCCACUGCUGAGGUGGCUGACACCUUCAAUGUGUCUCAGCGUCAAGUACAAAGAAUAAGAAAAAGAUUUGAAGAGACUGGAGAUGUUUUUGACAAGCCCAGGUCCGGCAGACCCCGCAAGACAACUGCUCGGGAGGACCGUUUGUUGGCUCGAAAAUCCAAGGCCAGCCCCUUUCCCACUGCAGCCGAGCUCCACCAGGCCUGGUCACCUCAAGUCCCUGUGUCAACCAGGAAAAUUUGUAGAAUUCUGUCUCGAAAUGGCUUCCAUGGUCGAAUCAGUGCCCAGAAACCAGUACUAAACAAAAGACAAUUAAAAAAACGUGUGGCAUUUGCCAAGGCCCACAGCCUGCUAAAAGGAUGGACGCUGGAAAAGUGGCAAAAGGUGGAUUUCUCAGAUGAAUCUUCGGUUGAAUUACAUCACAGCCGCCGCAAAUAUUGCAGGAGACCUACUGGAGCCCGCAAGGAUCCGAGAUUCACUCAGAAAACAGUUAAGUUUGGUGGCGGAAAAAUCAUGGUCUGGGGUUACAUCCAGUGUGGGGGUGUGCAAAAGAUUUGCAGGUUGGAAGGAAAUAUCAAUAGCCUAAAAUAUCAAGAAGUAUUAGCUACCUCUUACAUUCCCAACCAUAAAAGGGGUCAAAUUUUGCAGCAGGAUGGUGCUCCAUCGCAUACUUACAUCUCUACAUCAAAGUUCCUCAAGGCGAAGAAGAUCAAGGUGCUCCAGGACUGGCCAGCCCAGUCACGAGACAUGAACAUCAUUGAGAAUGUCUGGGGUAGAAUGAAAGAGGAAGCAUGGAAGACGAAACCAAAGAAUCUUGAUGAACUCUAGGAGGCAUCUAAGACUGCUUUCUUUGCUAUUCCUGAUGAGUUCAUCAAUAAAUUGUAUGAAUCAUUGUCGAACCGCAUGGAUAAAUUUCUUCAAGCUCAUGGAAGUCAUACAAGAAAUUAAAUAUGGAUCUCACAGCACCACUACUUAAUUCACUGAUGCUAUGCAACAUAUUUUUCUAUUUGAAGUAAAUUAUUUGUUAAAUUUUCACAUUACCAUCUGUAGGCAACAAAACUUUUGUCUUGCCAAAAUCUGACCUUUCUGUGUUCAUUAAAUGAUCAAUCUUUCUUCAGUGACGCAAAUUUAUUUUAGUAUAUUAAACAUAAUUUGGGAGGGUUUUAGCUUUCAUAUGAGCCAUUUCUAAAACCAAUGGAUUAAUUAAAAGUCAGGUUAUAAGCUGUUGUUUCUACUAGAUGAAUAAGUGACAAGACUUUUGUCAGGGACUGUAUAUAAAUAUAUAUAUAUAUUAUAUGAUGAUAUUAAUUGAUGAAGAGUGAUACUGAUAGUCAGACUUCAUAUCUCCUGUCAUUCAUACAGGCCAUAAAUCAAUGAAACAGUGCUUUUUAGAGCAGCAAAACAAGCGAUCAACUGUUUAUACAGAACUUGAGGACAAAUCUUUAUCUAAAUGAUCUCAGAUUUAUUUCUACAGUGAUGUUGGCCUCCGGAGUCUGUAGCAGCAGUAUGUCAAAGGGAACUGUUCUUUUAUCAGUGUGAUUAAUAUUUCUUUCUAAAGAACUAAAUGCUUCAUAACUUCCUCUUUUUGAUCGUUGGUAUGAAGAGGGUAAUUACCGUGUGAUAAAUAAAUCUGCUCCGGACAUAUUGACAAAAGGUAUUUUAAAAUCAAAUUAAUUUGUAUUUUUUUAUCCCCUCAUGUACCAGAGCUGUUUUCCCCGCAUGACAAAUCUCUGACUGUCAGUGUAUUCAUUAUCUCACCUGCAUUUGCACUAGAUCUCAAAUAAAAACUGAUGGUCUCGGA